CUCGUCUUGGUUGGCGCUUUGCCACCUUGUCACGGUGUGCCACGCACAUCUCCAUGCCGCAUGCGCCAUUCAGAUCCUGCUGCAGCCCUGCUGCAGUGUCGACUUGGUCCCUUGCCCUAGCACUGGUUGGUUAGCCGAGCUUGCCUUCUUGUCUGCUUGCACCGCUUCCAGCUGCGUCCUGUUCGCCGACCCGGGCUGCACGAAUUGGACAAACAAGCAAUCUCUCGGUCAGCAAUGCGCAGGCUGCGCUGGCAUCGUGCCGUCUCUCUUCUGCGCCCAUGCCACAUCGUCCGGUAUCACCCAUUCGGGUAGGGCGGGCGGGCACGCUGCGGCGGAUGGGCAGGGUGGCCGUCUGCGCCCUCGGCACCUUAGUAUCCUAUCCUACCCCCUUCCGGCCAUCUCGGCGAAAUCUCUGGAUUCAUGGCCGGACAGAUGUUUAGAUACUGCACGGCAGUAGCUUUCCGUGGAUCCUUUGCUCGACGAGUCACCCUGCUUGGAGUCCCCCUUUCCCCGCGGCGCUCCUGAGCUCCGGAUCUUAGCUCCAAGACAUCCUCUUCGCUCUCUGGAGAACAAAGCAUCGUUCACUAUUUGACCGGCUGCCUUUCCAAGAGCUGCGUGGUCUUCGCUGCUCUCUCCUCAGGCUCGAAUCCAGAGCUCAUCUCGAUACAGGAGCCCACCGCCACUCGCACGCAAUCACCAACACGCCGGGAGCACCGCGGGGAGCAAAUCGUCCCCCGCAAAGCUGUUUGAUCUCGCCGUGGCCUCGAGGCCUCUCUGCUCCCUUCAAUACAGUAACUCAUCACAGUCAAAGAUGACCCCUCGCCGACAGCCGGAACUCCCUCAAGACGGCAGACCUGUUCCACGCGUAUCUAAUUCAUCGACUGCGGCCAUCAAGAGUGCCUCAGUACCCCGAUGGCGCUUCUGGUUGCUUAGCACUGGACAGUGUUUGCCUCGGCCUCUUUUUGUCUAUGACUGACUCUACCAUCAUCGCUACCAGUCUCUUCGUGAUUGCCAGGGACUUUCGGUCUUUUGAUUCUGUCAACUGGGUGGCGCUGGCAUACACCCUUUCGUACCUCGGAUGCGCCGUGACCUUCGCGCAAUUCUCAGAUGUCAUCGGGAGACGAAAUGCAUUCGUUGCCGCGCAUUUGCUAUUCUUGGUCUUCUCCAUGGCUUGCGGCUUUUCUAAAAGUCUUUUCAUGCUGAUCGCCUUUCGUGCCCUCCAAGGAAUCGGGGGCUCAGGUCUAUACGCUCUUUCAAUGGUCGUUUUACCUGAGCUGUGCCCUCGAGAAUUGCAACAGCACAUUGGCAGCUUGAUUGGCCUAGUAAUCGCGGGCUCCGGAGUCCUCGGCCCGAUUCUGGGUGGCAUCUUAACAGAAUACGCGAGCUGGCGAUGGGUCUUCUGGAUAAACGGGCCGGUUGGAACUGUUUCUCUCAUCAUUCUUCUCGCAGCCUGGCCGCAGACUCACCGGCUAUCAUUGCGAGAAGGCGCUUCAUGGAAAAACUUCGACUAUGCUGGUUCAUUCUUGAUAAUUACUGCCUCUGUACUGGUUGUCUUCGCCUUCCAGAAUAUGGGAGAGACUGAGAACCCGAGCUGGGCCAGUGCUGUCUUUAUCGGUCCCCUUGUAGGCGGCGGAACAGGCUGGCUGGCACUGAUUGUUUGGGAGGUUUUUGCUACGAGGAGAAUGCAUCGUGGCUUUUCUCCAGCUUUCCCAGUCGAUCUCUUCAGAAACAGGACCUACGCGGCGGCCGCAGUGUCAACAAUGUUCCUCGGUUAUCCCUAUCUACUGUUGAUGUAUACAUUUCCUCUAAAAGCCCAUAUAGUGAGUGGUAAGAGUGCGCUACUUUCGAGUAUGACGCUACUCCCCAUGCUGGGGGCGUCUGCGGUUGGAAGCGUCAUUAGUGGCAAGGUGAACACAGCAAGGAACGCGCAGUGUGAGACCAUACUGGCCGGGGCUUGCUUCAUGACCUUGGGCUGCGGACUUUUAACGGGUGUUGCGGGAGCAAAGGACGACGAGAAGGCCCUUGGAUUUCUCACGUUUGCUGGGUUUGGCUUCGGAUUGUCGACCGCUGCAGCAACUAUUCUCGUGGCGGUGGAAGCGCCCCAGAGGGACCACGCCGCAGCUCAAGGCAUCUUGGCCCAGCUGCGCGUCCUUGGAGGUAGCUUGGGUAUAUCCACAUCGACGGUCCUGGUGCGUGGGGAGGCAGCCAAACCCUAUGCUCCGACCCUCUCCCAGGGGUCCCAGGAUGCGGAACGUUUGAAAGACGGCUGGAACGAGACACUUUUACGGUUGGAAACUGUUCAUGAGGCAUACGAUGAGGCGUUUCGCAAGGGCAUGGUAUGCGCGGCCGCGAUAUCUGGAGCCGCCAUCCUCGUGGCGCUGGCAGGCUAUCGAAAACGCGCGACAGGGAGCCAAUCUCAGCGGGAUGCAAUGGUCGAAGAUGAAGGCAGUGUUGUAAUACCGGGCAAUCCGACGGAUCAGACUAGGGCCGGAGCAGUGUAGUGGCAAGGAACUUGGCGAUGGGCCCGUGACAACAAGUUGGCCCUCCUGCAACCUGUGGGCCUCAUUGCGGUUGAUGAGUCGACUUUGGGGGGCAUUCAAAGUCCCAUUACGGACCCAGGCCUGGUCCAAGAGAGAAGCAGUGGAGAGGUAUGGGCAUUGGGUUUAUAGUUUGACAUUGACGCACUGUAUAAAGCAUGGCACAGAAGAUUUUGGAGGCUCUGGAUGGCGGCAUAAGAUUGUAUUUGGGUUGCCUCGAUUUUAUUUUUAGUUGACGGGCAGCGCGAGGCACACGGCCCCC